ACAGGAUAGACGUGACCGUCGGUGGUUACAUCGAUCAUCAUUGACUAACGUCGAAUCAAAGGAUUUCUACUAUAUCAUAAUACGAAAAUGAAGAAACUAUCCUCCUGCGGAUUCCUUUUCUUAUCUUACUUGCAAAUAAGAUGACAAACAGUCAUCAAACUUAGAAACUAAAAGUUUACAGUAUAAAAUGUCAUAUGUAAGCACUGAACCAAAACCGAAUAUCAAAAUUUGUAUAAAUAACAUUUGAGUAUAAGAAAGAAAAUACUUUUAUAAUCGAUACGACUAUAUGAAGGAAAGAAUUAUAUUCUGCGCAAAGCCAUCUGUCUUCUUACAAGUUAAAUUGCAAAUGUUGCACAUCUUCGGAAAGAUUUCCUGUACGCAUGUUAUAAAUCUUGCGGACUAGUACAGUCCUUAUUCUUCACAAUUAUCUUUACGCUAUCUUUCAUUGUUUUUAAUUGAGUUGUCUUUACUUUUUACUUGAUUGAUUCAUUCAAAUAUGAUAAAUGCACUUUAGGAAAAACUCGAUGAAUGACUGACGUCAUCUUCAAGAUGUCCUACUUUUACAUAGUUUUUGUGAUAUCAACUUCGUAUAAUUUGUAUUCUCAAACGGUAUUUAAUAUUUCUAUAAAGAAACGCUCGUUAUGAAACUAAAUCUGAAUAUUCCAAUGAAAUAUGUUUCUUCAUAAAUAUCAAGCCUAUUAAUAAAUUAGCGACGACAGGUGCGGCGUUUCUCGUAACGAAUCAUUCCUUUAAUUUGGAUGAUCGAUCUCUUUGGAGGUGGGCGUUUGAUAUUCAUCUCGUACUCUUACUCGCGUCAUUAUACCUUGACUAUACAAACGCUAUCAAGAAUUCCAGGUGUCUCUCGUGCCAGACGUCGAUCGUGUCGAGCAAAUUCGUUUCGAGGUAACGAGGCACAAAGAUCGCGCGAGUCGAUGACGAUGGGAAGCUACGAGGUGUUCCCUCACAAUUUUGCUAUAUUUAUAUUAGAAGCACACGAGUUUUUAAGUCGCGAUUAAAGUUUCAAUUCGCGCGUUUCAAAUUUUCUGCGACAAGUGUCAAAGUGAUAUAAGUGAUUGUUUCUACAAAUUUUGUAUUUUCUCAACCAUACGCGCACCGGGUACACAAAGAAGUCGGUUUCGUCAUCGCUCGAAUUCACUGAAUCCCUGAUAAACGAUGUUAAGGUUGUUGACAUCUGUUUUGUUCCUGUCCUUCGUGCAAUGUAUUCUUCCUCCCGCCAUACUAGAGACUGUAUACCAAUUUUUCACCGAAAUCCCAACCGUGGACAAUGACUUUGUCACCGAUGAAAUAUCUAUGUCCAAGGAAUACGAUUUCAUCGUAAUUGGAGCUGGUUCUGCCGGAUCAGUAGUGACAAAUCGUCUGACAGAAAAUUCUAAUUGGAAUGUACUGUUGCUAGAGGAGGGCAAGGACGAAAUCUUUGUUACAGAUAUACCAUUGCUAGCUUCAGUUUUGCAUAUCACGGACUAUGUCCGAUUGCAUAAAAGCGAGCCAAGACCCCGAAACGCCGAUGGAUCUGGCGGUUACUGUUUAUCGAUGAACGAGGGUCGUUGCAAUUUGCCAGGAGGAAGAGCUGUUGGUGGUAGCUCGGUGGUGAAUUUUAUGAUAUAUUCGAGAGGAUCGCCCGCGGAUUAUGACGCUUGGGCUGCACAAGGUAAUCCAGGAUGGAGUUAUCAGGAUGUGCUACCGUAUUUUAUCAAAUCGGAGAACUGCAAGCUUCUGGAUCAAGAUAUUAGAUACCAUGGCCGCGGAGGAUAUCUUGACGUGACGUCUCCGUCGUACGUGUCUCCUCUAAGAGAAUGUUUUCUCCAAGCUGGCGAAGAACUAGGAUAUGAUGUAAUUGAUUACAACAGCGACAGCCUUAUUGGCUUCUCUACGGUUCAGGUUCAUCUACGAAACGGACACAGGGUCAGUGCUAACAAAGCGUUCUUAAGACCUAUUCGACUCAGGAAGAAUUUGCAUCUUUCCAAAUUAUCAAAAGUAACAAAGAUCAUCGUCGAUCCAAAGACGAAAACAGCCAUGGGUGUAGAAUUCGUUAAGAAUGGCAAAGCACUGUUUGUCUCUGCCAAGAAGGAAAUAAUACUUUCAGCAGGUACCCUGAACUCGCCACAGUUGUUGAUGCUCUCGGGAAUAGGGCCGAAAAGUCAUCUCGAGUCUUUAGGUAUCCAUGUAAUCGAGGAUCUACCGGUUGGAUAUAAUCUUCAAGAUCACGUCAGCAUGUCGGCACUGACUUUUCUCGUAAACGAGAGCGUGACUAUAGUCGAACCUCGGCUAGCUUCGAAUCUAGCCAACACCGUUGACUAUUUCGUUAAAGGGACCGGGCCAUUGACGUUGCCCGGAGGAGCCGAGUGUCUCGCCUUUAUCGAUACGAAACAGGAUUAUCCAAAGAAUCUAGUCAAGAAGUUGCAAAUUAAUACUAGCAAUUUUCACAGUAAAACGCGCUCGAAGAGAUACAACGACAAGAGAGGUAACGUCUCUUUACCUCCGAAUAUAACUUCCAUCAAUGUAAAUUCGGAUUACUUGAAAGAUUAUCCACGCCCGACUUCGCGGGAUAACAAAGGGACAGAUGUUCCGGACAUUGAACUGGUUUUAGGUAUAAGCGCUCUAACCGGUGAUAUAUCGGGCAGUUACAGGGGACUUCUCGGUUUAACGGACGAAUUUUAUAAAGAAGUGUUUGCCGGUUACGAAGGUUUUGACGCCUUCUCCAUUGUCCCGGUACUCUUACAGCCAAAAAGUAGGGGAAGAAUUACCUUGAAAUCGUGUGAUCCACAUGACCGACCUAUUUUCGACAUAAAUUACUACGAUCACGAAGAUGAUCUCAGAACUAUGGUUCGAGGCAUUAAAAAGGCUAUAAAUGUUGCAUCGACUGAAGCCUUCAAACGUUUCAACGCGACGCUAUUACCAGUCGCGUUCCCAGGAUGCAAACACGUCUCGUUUGGUUCUGAUCUGUACUGGGCUUGCGUCUCGAGGCACGUGAGUACGACCCUAGGUCAUUUCGUAGGAACGUGCAAGAUGGGCCCAAGGAGGAACUCGGGUGUGGUGGAUCAUAGGUUACGAGUGCACGGGAUCAAUGGUCUCAGAGUUGUGGAUGCCAGUGUGAUACCUACUAUAAUAGCAGGUCAUACGAAUGCGCCUGCUUAUAUGAUCGCUGAAAAGGCUGCGGAUAUGAUGAAAGAAGACUGGGAAAUGUCGAAUUCCGCACGCAGAAUGUCGUUUAAUUAAAUAUUGGAAAAUGUAGGGAACAAAUUAGAAGCUAAAGAUCGUACAUCAACGCAUGUGUUUUCGUAUAAAUUUGCUUUCGUUGCUAUUCGUUCGAGUAUAGUGCUGCUACAGAAGCAACUGCCUGAUCUUUGCGCGAUUAUUUGUGUUAACCGUUGGACGACGAAGUUGGCUUAAUUCGGAAUUUACGUAUUGUUAUUCUAUCAAACUACGUAUAUGAACGAAUUCAUUUUUUAAGUAACUUUAGUCGUCACAUAGAUGGUUUAUCGCCAUAAAAUAAAAUAUUCGACGCUCGAUAGAAUGAUACAGCUUCCGCUGGAUGAGUGUCAAUACACGUCGAACAGCGAUUAACCAACUGUGAUAUAAAUAAAUACGAACCGGUUGGAGAAAAUGGAUUUGUCUUUGGUAGCGAUAUGUUCAUCUCUAUCUACACAAAUGCAGCGUAUUUACAAUGAAAGAAAACAUUUGAAUAAAUAUAGUUGUACAAUAAUAACGUCAUUAUAACUCGAUAAAACUGCGAAAGACCAUGAUAUCUUUCCAUCGUUGCUAUAAGCGACUGUGUAGCUCUUAUUCACAAAGUCAAUGAAAAA